AUGCUUUUACUACCAAACCGUCGUGGUUCCUUAAUCAUAAAAGCAGAUGCUCCUUUUCCACCCAUCAUUCCUGCGUUAUAUUCACUUUAUCAUGAUUUUGUGAAAGACCUUAAAGAGUCUAUUGUUAAGGAUGUUAAAAGUAUGGUUUAG